AGUAAAAUUUGUGCAAUUUUUAUGGAUUUUAGAUUUUAGCUUAGUCUAAACUUUAGAACUUUAACACAGUUGGAGACUGUUUCUUUUCCUGUUCAAAUGUGUAUGAGAAAUCCAAGAGACUUUUUGUAAAGUCAUAUAAUUCCAUGUGGGAUGUGCGAAAAGAUGGCAGAUGUAUUUGGUAAAUGUAUGAAACGUUUUCCCCCAUUUCUCCUCAGGUCCUUUGUGCAGCAUGUUAGUGGAACGAUUUGGCUGCCGGGUGACAGUGAUGGUGGGUGGACUCUUGAGUGGACUGGGUAUGGCGGUGUCUGCUCUUGCCAGGACCAUUACUGACAUUUACGUCACAAGUGGGAUCACAGGGCUGGGAUUUUGCCUUUCCUUCCAACCAUCAGUGACUAUCAUGGGCCACUACUUUGAGCGCCGCCGUGUCUUCGCUAACGCCUUGUCAUCCACCGGCACAGCUCUAGGCCUGAGCACUUUACCCCUGAUAGCCAACAUCCUGCUCAGUUGGUUUGGUUGGCGUGGCAGCUUCCUGAUUCUGGGUGGGGUGCUGCUGAACUGCUGUGUUUGUGGGGCAGUGAUGAGGCCUCUUGGCCCUGCGUCAGGACCAAACAAACCCAAACACUCUCAGGUUCUGGAUAAACCGAACAACAUUCCUUUGCAGCAGGAGAGAAAAGGACUGACUGGCCAUGUAAAGACUGUUCUCUGUGACUUUUUAGCAUUCCUGCACAGACAUUUGGCCUUUGACCUUCUAGUGAGCAAUGCUCGAUACCGUGCUUUUGCAGUUGGUGUUACCUGGAUGAUGCUGGGAUGUGUGGUGCCUCUGGUCUAUCUGGUGCCUUAUGCUACUCACAAUAACAUGGGGAUAGGCCGUGCCGCCUUCCUGAUGUCGAUCAUGGGCCUGGUGAACGUUGCCGUGCGACCUGUGGCUGCCCUUGUUUUGGGCUUGCCACGCUUCAGAGGCAGCAGCAGUUUUGUGUAUGUGUUUGCUUGUGCUGUGAUUCUAAACGGGCUGAGUAACUGCAUCUGUGGAGUAUCUGCCUCCUUCAAAGUUCUCCUCCUGUAUGUGGUGGUCUUCGGCCUGUCCAUGAGUGUGGCAGGCUCGCUUCUCUUCACUGUGCUGAUGGACACAGUAGAAAUGAGCCGCUUCCCCUCAGCCCUCGGGCUUCUGUGCAUGUUGGAGAGUGGAACGCUUCUUAUUGGGCCACCUCUAGCAGGCAUGUUGGUGGACAGCACAGGACAGUAUACGUAUGUCUUCUACGCAUGCAGCGUGUGUGUGUCCUCUGCCGGCUUCUUUCUCAUGGUGUCCUUCUACUUCCUGGACUGUAAGAGAGAAGCAGAGAAGAAGAAGAAAAAUAAGAAGAGUAUGAAGACGCCAUCAGAUCUCUAUCAGAAACCUGUUAUAACCCUGGCAAAUGAUGAUCAGUGUGGCCAUGUUGCCUCAAAAGGAAGAAAAUCAGAAAACACAGUGUAUGUUACCAGUGUGUGAUAUAAAUAUUUACAUGUGUAUACAAGAGAAACUGUUUAGGACUAUAUAACUGGUUUUCAAUCUGAAUUACCAACAAGUGUAAGAAGUUUGUAUUCAUCAAUUUGUAAUAAUGCUUUUGAUGGUAAAAGAUGAAGUCAAGCCCUGUAGUGUUGACUAUUGUGUCAAUACUUUUAAAGUGUAAUUACU